GCUGCUGUGGAAAGGCCCUCUUAAGAAAACCUGCCACGGCUCAAGCUCUACCUCUGCCGCCAUGUGUGGCCCUGAUGUUUGGGCAGAUCUUCUGGAUAGCCUGCUUCACCAAAUAAUUGCCAUCCUUAGCUCAUUCCAUGACCUCCUUGCUUUUAUCGGCACCUGCCGCUCUUGGCGUGCUGCGCUCUCUUCCCUUCCACCUGCAUUUAGCUUCAACUUCCCACCUCUCCACCUCCGACCAGAUAUUGGUGAUCCUCAUCCCCAUCGUAGCUCUGUCAAGAACAACCUUCUAUCCUAUUGCAAGUGGCAGCUCGUUGAUCCGGCAAAACGAAAAUUUCACCGUUUAGCGCCUCGAUACCUUAGGGUUAGGCGCCAUAUGCGCUAUUUGGGCUGCUCAUAUGGUUACCUGAUCUUCUCAGAUUUGGAGCAAUGCCUCCUUGUUGAUGUCUACAGUGGUGCUACCGUGAGGCCUCCCAGACUCAAAUCCAGUGGCAACCAUGAAAUCUACCAUGGAAUCCUUAUGGCUCCCAUCAACUCACCCGAUUCGCAUCUCCUCCUCUGCUCCGGAUCAUCCAUGUUCCAGUGGCAAGUUGGAACAAGCUCCUGGGUGGAGCACUCUCUUGAUUGUGGGCGCAUCCUUCAGAUUGUUCUCUUCAAAGGCGAGAUGUUUGCUAUGGAUUUCCAUGACAGGCUCCAUAGAAUACGCUUGGCCGCACAUCAGAUCACCAUGCAGGAAGUGCCAGUUGCCCGGGGGGAGGACGUGGUUGCUGGUCUAAAUGCCUGGGGACAGGACAUGGUUGCUGGUCUAAAAAUUAAACCAUGGUUGGUGGUAUGUGGUGACGCGCUCCUCCUGGUUGAGCUCUCAGUCAGCAGGAAUGCCUUCUUUGGCUACUCUGCCACCUUCAAAGCCUUUCACCUCAACUUUUCAGCUGAACCAGCUAAGUGGGUAAAGGUGGAUAAUCUGGGAAACAAUGCGCUCUUUGUUAGCUUUGAUAGGAGGAAUCCAACAUUUUCUUGCAUGAACCCCGAAAGAUGGGGAGGAAAGAGCAACUGUAUUUACGGUGCCAGCGGGUCUGCAGAUUCUGAUGAAGCUUGGAGCGCGGUUGAACUUGGUCAGCUGCUACCUUGCACGUGCACAGCAAUGGCUUGUUCAUACAGGCCCAAACCUAUCCCGGAACCCAAUGUGCAUAGCAGUCGAUUACAGAGCCUUUGGGUGCUCCCCAGUUUGGUUUAUGGCGGUGGUGGCCAGUGACCAUCUUUGCUUAUUACCUUGGGAAUUUAGCUCCUUACCUUGCUAUCUUUAUGUGAUGUGUAUUAUCCUUGCUCUAGAUGAUAC